UUUCCAAUGUUUUACCUUGUUGCUUUGUGGAGACUCGUCCGUGAACAUUCGUUCCACCUAGCCUGGAUGAUACAGACUCGUAUCAAUCCAUCAUUUGAUUUAGAGAAGUGGAUGCAAGUUUUCACCGACCUUAAAAACUAUUCGACUGGUUUGUGUAACAGCUGUUUUUAUUUGACAUUCCAAAGCAAUCUAUUUUCUUCCCACGGAAAGAAGCCUAUGUUGUGUAUCUCUAUAAAGUGUAGGAAAAUCAAUGUACAAGCAAAGGGGGCUUCUUGCUAGAUUGCUAAGAACAUCAUAAUGGCUGGGAGCUUAUACCAGUGUUUUAUACACCCAUUUCCAUUCGUACGCACAGAGAUUAAUCAGACCAGGAAGUUCUCAUUCAAUUACCCACCUUCAUUUCAUGGGACUCAAAUAAGUUAUACGCGUCUCUCAAUAAAUGUCAACCAAAAUUAUUGGGCUAUUCCCAAUAUGUGUUGGGUUAUCCCCAAAAUGCAACACAAUGCCUCGCCUCUUGUGGGGUUUUCCAGAUUUAGCAGAGAAAAAGAAAAACCUGCAGAAUUAGUUGCAGGUUCUGAUACAGCUUGUAGGGCCCCCAAACUAUUAAAGCGGGCACUUGCAGUAUUGAUGGCACUGUCAUGUGCUGCUGCAUUCCUGUGCAGAUGCAGAGCAGCUUAUGCAGUUGACAAUAUACCAUCACCAAAUUACCAGCAGCUGUUAGCCAACAUGAAAGCCUUGUGGAGGCUUUUUUGGCCUAAGAUUUUGCAGAUUGUUACUGUUUUUAGGGAUCAUGGAUUGAUCAUUUUUGCACUUCUGUGCUUGUCAGCAUUCUUUUCAAUGGCCGAGACAUCUAUAAUGACAUUAUGGCCCUGGAAGGUUCAGGAGCUAGCUGAGAAAGAACCUGAAGAUGGUGUUUUUCGAUUACUUCGUCAAGAUGUUACUCGAUUUCUUACAACUAUCCUCAUUGGCACAACUGUUGUAAACAUUGGGGCAACUGCACUUGUGACUGAGGCAGCAACAGCACUCUUCGGGGAAGCUGGAAUCAGUGCAGCAACAGGAGUCAUGACAGUUGUUAUUUUACUGCUUACUGAAAUUACCCCAAAGAGUUUAGCUGUCCAUAAUGCAACAGAAGUGGCACGCUUUGUGGUGAGGCCAGUGGCUUGGAUAUCCUUAGUGUUGUAUCCAGUAGGUAGAGUUUUUACAGCAUUGUCUAUGGGCAUGCUAAAGAUCCUGGGACUCAAAAGCAGAAGUGAGCCUCUUGUCACUGAAGACGAGCUCAAGCUAAUGUUGAGAGGUGCAGAACUAAGUGGGGCAAUUGAAGAAGAAGAACAAGAUAUGAUUGAGAAUGUUUUGGAUUUCAAGGGAACAGAUGUAAGAAAGGUGAUGACUCCUUUAGUAGAUGUAGUUGCUAUUGAUGUUGGAGCCACUCUGAUGGAUUUUCGCGACCUUUGGUUAAAAUACCAAUAUUCCAGGGUGCCUGUUUUUGAACUCCGUAUUGAUAACAUUGUUGGGAUUGCAUAUGCAAUGGACAUGCUGGAUUAUGUUGAACAGACAGAGCUGUUGGAAAGGUUAACGGUUGGUCAUCUUGCACACAGGCCUGCUUAUUUUGUUCCUGAUUCCAUGUCAAUUUGGAGGUUGCUGAGGGAGUUCAGGAUAAGGAAGGUUCACAUGGCUGUAGUACUCAAUGAAUAUGGUGGAACAGUAGGAAUAGUGACAUUGGAGGAUGUUGUUGAAGAAAUCUUUGAAGAAAGCGAUUCAAAGGAAGAAAUUCAAAAUAAGACAGAUUAUAUAGUGCAACGAGCUGAGGGUGUAUAUGAUGUUGAUGCAAAUACAUCUAUUGAGGACCUUGAAGAGGCGUUGGGGGUGAAAGUAGCUGAGGGUCCGUAUCAAUAUGAGACAGUUUCUGGUUUUGUUUGUAGGGCUUUUGGAUAUAUUCCACGAACAGGACAGAGCAUUGAUAUAGUUCUUGACAAAGGGAAUCUUGAAGAAAGUGAAAAUUUUGGAGAGAACGGAGUGCAUCAGGAUGAAAACCAACAAGAAAAGUUUCAGAAAUAUAAACUGGAGAUUUUGGCAGGGAAUGCUAGAAAGGUUGGCACAGUUCGUUUUGAAGAGGUCAAAGAUGACAAGGUUAAUCAUGUUGAUUCUCAAACUGAAAAGCAAAGUUGGGAAGUUGUAUGUGAGACAGAUGAUGAUAACAUGCAAUCAAAUCAGGAAACAUCCCUUGAUACAAAUGUCAUUCCUUCAAUUUUUUCUAAGAACGGGGAAAUUCCUGACAGUGUUCAAGUAGGGUCUCCAAAUCAUCAUGUCAUUGCUGAAAAUGAUGAUAUUGAUGAUCAAAGCAAGCCACAGCUGGUGGAUGUUUCUGAGUUGACUGUUACAUCUCCUGACAAUGUCACUGCGGUUGAGGAUAUUGAUAUUCAUGUGGUAGAUGAUAUUAAUGUUCACUCAACAAAAACCUCAAGUGAAAACUGGAAGCAAGAUGAAAAUAAAGGGGAUAGAAAGAAAAGAAAAAGAAGAAAACAAUCCCCAGAAGAUUCUGUUGAUUUAGAGAGUGAGCACAGUGUAGACUGGAGACAUGAGACUAAUUGAUCACAAUGCCACUUCAACUCUCAAAUUAGGAUCUUUUGUUAGUUCAGAGUUCAAAAUGAUGAUCCGGUUAUAGACCAACGAGAUAUGAUGAGUGUCAUGAAAUCAAAAUGCCAAAAUGUUAUCUACCUUCCAGUAGAGUUAGAAAUGAACUGUCUCAUGAGUGUACUAUUCUUGGAAGUUAGCUGCUGUAAUAUCCUUGAAAGUAUAUUCCAGAUUAUGAUGGAGUACCAUGUAAAAAUUAGGAAAUUAUGAUUAUGAAACCAGUAACAGAAAUAGGCAUGUUGAUCAGGCUGUGGUCUUGUGGUAAUUGGGCUGCUUCCCAUGUUAAUCUGGCAAUGUAAGUGAAGCGAGGUCUGCUGAUAAAAAAAUGUUCCCUUGCUUACCUAGCACAAAGAUGGGAAAACAACAUAUUAUGUUCGUGGGAAGAGCUUUCAGUGAAAGAAUGUUUCAUUUUAAGAUUCUCGUAUGAUAGAAAUGCACAGUAGCAGUGUUUCAGAUGACAGACCGUUUCUGAUUCCUAUACUUAAAACUAUCAUUCUUUGUAGUAGUCAGUGAUUUCUAUAUUUUCACGUAUCCUUAGACAUGACAGCAGUGCACUAUUUAUAACAUUGAUGUUCUUUUGGAAUCGAUCAUCUCUUAUUAAGAGAGCUCUGUUUUUUAUUA